CAGCUGGUUGAGGUCGGAAACUAUUCAUGGACGCACUGGGAAGAGAGUUGUUUACAAACAACAAAGUGUCAGAAACAAACCGAAAGAGUGCCCGAAAAUGAGCAAAUAUUAACAAAUAGUUAAUAUUUUCAACAGCAUGGAGGCUCACAACAGUGUUUAACGAGUAUAAAUUAUAUCCUCGAAGGAUAUUUCCAGCGUGUCUGUGGGGGCAGUGAGAUAAAGCUGAGCAGGUGCAGUGUCCAAGUUGCACAGAGGUGUUGGCUGUGGGCAGUCAGCAGGACACAUGGCAGAGGAAGGCAACAAGCUGACACUGAGGCGCCUGGAGGCACCAAUCCACAAGUUCAUUAAAGUGGCUCUACCCACGGACCUGGAGAGGCUGCAGAAACACCACAAUAACAUACUGAAGUAUCAGCAUAGCCAGCAAUGGGACCGGCUUCAUCAGGAGCAAAUCAAUGCCAGCAGAACCGUUCAGCAGUUGCGAGCUAACAUCAGAGAGAUGGAGAAGCUGUGUGCUCGGGUCCGUGCUGAAGACGCCGGCGCUCUGGAAGAGCUUGUCAAGCCAGUUAGAGACAGGGCGUCAGCCGCCGCACGGGACUUCUUGCUUUUGCACUCUAACCCCAUGUCUCAGCCACCAACACCUGCCGCUCAGCCAUCCAGCUGCGUGUCCAGCAGUGGCCACGCUUCUGACGAUGUGGACGAGGAGCCGGUGUCUGGCAGGCAAAUUCAACUUCAUCUUCCAGAAAUCCCUGCUGACCAGAGUGCAGCUGAGUCCUGGGACAACCUUGAAGAGGAUCUGAAGGAGCUGAGCGGUUUGGUGACGGAGUUCUCUCUGCUUGUCCAUUCUCAGCAGGGGAAGAUUGACAGCAUAGAGGACAACGUCAACACAGCCGCUGCCAACGUGGAGGAGGGGACCAAGAGCCUGGGGAAGGCGGUGGGCUACAAAAUGGCGGUGUUGCCCGUUGCUGGGGCGCUGCUGGGCGGUGUAUUAGGAGGUCCACUCGGCCUGCUGGCUGGCUUCAAAGUUGCUGGGGUGGCUGCCGCUCUGGGAGGGGGCGCCCUAGGGUUUGCGGGAGGCAACCUGGUCCAGAAACACCGCAAAGCCCGAGUUGAUCUACAGAUGAAACAACUGACAGCACCACCAGCUGAACCAGAGUCGAACAAGGACAAAUGACCCAACAGUUCUGGUUAAUUCUUUGACCUCAGGUGGCGGUUAAUCACUGAGGCGUCACUGUUUACUGAACAAUGAGAAGUACCAACUAGACCUUCGGCGGUGCUCACAUUGGCUUGAAGAGACUCGAUAUAUAAGCUUUGUGGUUACCAAGCACUGUUGUAAAACAGUUACAUAAUAACAGCCUUACUUCAGAGUCACAUACUUUGAUGUUGGGGUGACUGGUGUUUCUGUGAGAACAUUAAUCUAAUUUUAUACAUGCAAAUGUUUUUUUUUAUUUUGAACGCAUCUAAGCAGUAAUUUACACUACAGCUUUUAGUGUGUGCUUGGGUCAGUCUGAUAUGGUUGUGAGCCCAUCUUGUUGCUAAAUGAAAUCUUUGGCACCAAAUGAAUUAAGUCAGUUUAAGACACAACCGUUCUGUCAAAUGCUAUAGCUAAGAAGAACACGGUCGUAUUAGUCAGGCUUGCAUUUUUUUUCAGAUUAUUCUUUUUCGACAGGGUUUUUAAGUUAACCAGUAAUCAUGCCUCAAUGUUCCUUUAUGCAGAAAAUAAUAUCCUAAUGUGAACCAGAAGAAUGUUUAGAGAAAAUGUUUUUUGUCUAACGUCACUGUGGUGUUACAUUUAUGUAAUAAUGUAAAUGAAAGUGGUCCUGCUUAAAUGUUUAUAUAAAUUAUACUGUAUAUAGAUGUGAGAGAGCAAAAUUGCACAAAAAAACCCGCCAAAGUGCCACUGUCCAUCACUGCAGGGACCGAGAACCUGCCAUGUAUCAAUUAUACUUCUGCUGGUUUUCUGCCAAAUAAAAUGUUUCUUUUCAA